AUGGCUUAUUUGAAAGAAAUUGUUAAAAGUAAAAACCGCUGCUCAGACCCUCUUUGUUCUAUUCCAGAGGGGACGUCGUCCACACAAGAGGAGGACGGGUGUGAGUCCAGGAAGAGACACAGGUCAGACAGCUUUUCUCUGACCUUUGAUGACAGCAUGUCCUGGUAUGUGAUUGGAGGCCUGAGACGAGACCGGAGGAGCAGCGAGUCUUCAGACUCACACAGUAACGCUGAAGUCGGUUCAUUGGUCAGUGACGCGGGUGACGAUGUUCUGAGCCAGGAUCUGGGCUCAGACUCUGAUAACUUCAGCGUGGAGUUUGAGGUGGAGUCCAUCGACUCGGAUGCCUACAGCGAUCCCGAAGAGGCUUCAGUGUCUGGAGAGGACGAGGUGUAUGAAGUCACCAUCUUCGAGGCAGAGGAGGAGGACUCGUUCGAUGACGACACUGAAAUCACGGAAGCGGACUACUGGAAGUGCUCAAAGUGUGAGGAGUUGAACCCUCCCCUCCCCCGAAACUGCAACCGCUGUUGGACGCCAAGAAUGGACUGGUUUCCCGAAUCUGACAGCAACUCUGCUGCCCCCAACCUCAAACCCUUACCCCCCAAGCCUACCCCAGCCCCGACAGAGCCCGACGAGACCGAAGGUCUGGAUGUUCCAGACGGGAAGAGAGCCAGGUCGCCCCUUCCCCUCCUCAAAGACUCCCAGGAAUUGAUGUCCGUCUCUGGCCCGGAUUCCCAAGACUCGGCCUGCUCCUCCCAGCCCUCCACCUCUUCUUCGAACUCCAACGGCGUGGGCUCAGGCUCGUCCUCUAGCGCCCCCCCUCAGUCAAGAAGUGACUGCACCAGACUUGGAGCGUUUCAACAGCCUGGAGGCUCACCUCCCCGCCAGCUGCCUGGAGCCCUGCGUCAUCUGUCAGACCAGGCCCAAGAACGGCUGCAUCGUACACGGACGCACUGGGCACCUCAUGGCCUGUUACACCUGCGCCAGGAAACUGAAGAAGAGAAGCAAGCUGUGUCCCGUCUGCAGGCAGCCGAUCCAGUCUGUCGUCUUAAUUUAUCUCAGCUGAGGACGGCUAUCGGCUAGACUGUACAUUCCAAAUAUAAGCAGUCUAUUCCCUAUGUAGUGUGCACCACUCUCUCAACCAUGGCCCCAAUAGGACUCUGGUCUAAAGUAGUGCACUAUAUAGGGAAUAGGGUGUAACCCAUAGCUACACAACUCCCUGUUCCUCAAAAACAACUUAAAUCCUGAAUGAAUAAAUAAUAUGUUUUAAGUUUGUUUAUUUGGAAGUGAUUUUAUUUAUGAACUCUAUCAAACAAGGUGCCUGUUGUUGUUGAUUUGGGAUUGAUUUCUAAUGUUCAGUCAAAUAGCCUUUCUAGUUUUUCAAAUUGAUAAAAUUCUCUUAGUGGUGAAACAAUUCAAUAUAUUUUAUUAAAUAAAGAAUGUUUAGCAAAUUAACAGAGAUGUA